CCUUUGCUCUCGGUCUCACGAAUUUAAUAAUUUGGAAUGUUCACGAAAUACUCUUUCACACUCACCCCCGCUCUUGGAAGCUCAUUUUGGAACCUGAUUAGAGAUUAGGUGAGCCCAGCGAGAUCGGAGUGGGCAGGCGAGAAUAACCCAACCCAGUUUCUUCAAGUCCGAACUCGGAAUCCAGACUCACCAAACACCACCCGGUCGACGCCGCAGACGAUCAUUUCCGUUUACGAAACCCGAAACGGUCGUCAUCUCAUCGCAAAAAAUACAUGGACAGAUCCUGAAGGAAAUUGCUGUGUUAUUAACUCCCUUCUGUUUUUUUUUUUUUGUUUUUUUUGUUUUUGCCACACAUUUUCUCAAAUCGAUUGGUGAUUCACUUAAACCCUAGAAAAAUUAACGACAAAUCUGGUCUCAAUCCUCUCUGAUCCCUCUCGUACACUGAAUUUUUCUUCAAUCUCAAGUUAUUCGAUUGUGAGACAACGCCCGUAGAUGCAAUGGUGGUCUGCAAAUGCCGCAAGGCAACGAAGUUGUACUGUUUCGUACACAAGGUUCCUGUUUGUGGAGAAUGCAUAUGUUUCCCGGAGCACCAAAUAUGUGUGGUCCGAACUUACUCAGAAUGGGUAAUAGAUGGAGAAUAUGAUUGGCCUCCUAAAUGCUGCCUCUGUCAUACUGGUAUCAAAGAGGGGACUGAUCCUCAAACUACUCGGUUGGGUUGCUUGCAUAUUAUGCAUACAAAUUGCUUGGUUUCACAUAUUAAAAGUUUCCCUCCACACACUGCUCCAGCUGGAUAUGCCUGCCCUGCCUGUUCCACCCCGAUAUGGCCUCCGAAAAGUGUUAAAGAUUCUGGAUCUCGACUUCAUUCAAAGCUUAAGGAAGCAAUCAUCCAGACUGGUCUAGAAAAGAAUUUGUUUGGCAAUCAUCCAGUUUCCUUGCUGGCAACGGAAUUGCGCAACCCUCCUCCUGCUUUUUCUUCGGACCCUCUGAUACAUGUAUCUGCCACCGGAGGCAGCACAUCUUUACUUGGAAUAGAUGCUGGAGCAGUCUCCAGUGAUAUUGUGGAGAUAGAUAGCCCUAGUUCUAAUCACCCCAAUUUCACGAAAAGUGCAAGUCCUUCUGGUCCUGCCACUACGACGAGAAAGAGUGCAUUCCAAGGUGAUAGGCAAAAUUCUGAAAUUUCAUAUUAUGCCGAUGAUGAAGAUGCGAAUCAGAAGAAGUACACGCGAAGGGGUACUUUCCGCCAUAAGUUUCUUCGGGCAUUGCUUCCUUUCUGGUCGAGUGCGUUACCAACUCUACCAGUAACGGCACCGCCUCGAAAAGAUGCAUCAAAUGCAGAUGAAGUCCCACAGGGUCGUGCACGGCAUCAAAAAUCUUCAAGGAUGGAUCCAAGAAAAAUCCUUCUCAUCAUAGCUAUCAUGGCAUGCAUGGCUACUAUGGGUAUCCUGUACUACAGAAUCGCGCAGCGUGGUUUUGGGGAGGAGUUACCUGACGAUGAGCAAGCAGCGAUUUAGUUCAUACUUGAAGAAGAGGUGACAAUGAUGACUCGGCUGGAUCCAACUAUGUCGGUUACUUGUGCCAUUUUGCUCCACAACCUCCUUGGUUCCUCACCUCUUCUGUCCUGAGGAAAUCUGGUUUUUGAUUCGCGAGUUCUUGAUUCUCUGUUGCUAUGAAGAAUUUUUCUAUAUCUUGUGACAGUAAAAUGUUGGUUUUUUCUCGCCUAUCUAUUUUCCUUUGUAAUUGAAAGAGAUGUCGGAUAAAGCUCUAGGCUCAAGUUAGUUCUUCAAUUUUUUUGUUUCUUUGUGUAAUUAUCAUUUCCAGCAACAAACCUGCAACACUGGAAGUGUGACCAAGUUUACUUGAUAUUCUGUACCUUCGUUGUGAAGACCGCCGUGAACUUUAAUUGUUUUGAUAAAGCCAUUGAAUUGCUGGUUUGAGCGUGUA